GAUCAAAUUGAAUUCUACAACAUUACUAUCAUUUCCAGUUACUAGGAUUUAAUUUUUAUUCUAUUCCUCUAGGCAAUUUCAGCUGCAACUGUGCUAACAGAAUAAAUGGACAGAAAGAAUCACACUGUGGUGUCUGAGUUUGUGUUCCUGGGACUUACCAAUUCUUGGGAUAUACAGAUUCUACUCUUUUUGUUCUCCUCUCUGUUCUAUGUAUCAAGCAUACUGGGAAACCUCCUAAUUGUGUUUACAGUGAUCUCUGACCCUUGUUUACACUCACCCAUGUAUUUCCUGUUGGCAAACCUCUCUUUCAUUGAUCUUGGGGUUUCCUCUGUAGCUUCCCCUAAAAUGAUAUGUGAUCUUUUCAGAAAGCGCAAAGUCAUUUCAUUCUUUGGAUGUAUCACUCAGAUCUUCUUUAUUCAUUUGAUUGGUGGUGUUGAGAUGGUGCUACUCAUAGCUAUGGCCUUUGACAGAUACAUUGCCAUAUGUAAGCCUCUCCAUUAUCUGACCAUUAUGAGUCCAAGAAUGUGCACUCUGCUUCUAGUAGCUGCCUGGAGCAUUGGUCUCAUCCACUCUCUGGUCCAACUGGCAUUUGUUGUAAACCUACCAUUGUGUGGCCCAAAUGAAUUGGAUAGUUUUUAUUGUGACCUCCCUCGGUUCAUUAAACUUGCCUGCACAGACACAUAUAGAUUAGAAUUCAUGGUCACAGCCAACAGUGGCUUCAUCUCCUUGGGUGCCUUCUUCAUGUUGGUCAUUUCCUACAUCUUUAUCCUAGUUACUGUUCAGAAGCAUUCUUCAGGUGGUUCUUCCAAGGCCCUUUCCACUCUUUCAGCUCAUAUCACUGUAGUGGUUUUGUUUUUUGGCCCCUUGAUCUUUUUUUAUACCUGGCCAUUCCCCACAUCACACCUGGAUAAGUUUCUUGCCUUUUUUGAUGCCAUUCUUACUCCCUUUCUCAAUCCACUCAUCUACACACUCAGAAACAAAGAGAUGAAGCUAGCAAUGAAGAAAGUGUGCAGACAGCUUGCCAAUUUCAAGGAAAUUUCUUAAGCAACUUAAAAAGAACAUGAAAGCAUCUGAUUAACAAUAAUAUAAAAGAAUGAAUGAAUGAAUUUGGCUUUGCUGGACUGAGUUUGAGUUCAUGUAGGGUCAUUAAAGUGGGAGAGUUUGGAGAGAGUUGGAGUUGGGAGAGAGAGAGAGAGAGAGAGAGAGAGAGAGAGAGAGAGAGAGAGAGAAAGAGAGAGAAAGAGAGAGAGAAAGAGAGAAAGAGAGAGAGAAAGAGAGAGAGAGAGAGAGAGAAAGAUAGAGAGAGAUUUGUAAGUUAUCUACAUAAAUAUUUUAGAUGAAAUAGAUUUAUACAAGGUCAUUAUUUGACAGUGAAGACAGUGCAGAGAGAGGAGUUUGAUAAUAGAAUUAGAAUACUUACAUGUUUAAGUUGUGGAAGGAAAAAUAAUGAAGGAAAUAGAAAAAUAGCAGUCAGGAAAGCAAGAGGAGAACAAAAAGAUAUCUUUCACACAAAAGAACAAUGGAAAGAAAAUUUCAAGAGAGAUGAUGACUUACAGUUUGAAAUGUUGCUCAAUAAGGAGAGGGUUAGUAGCUUUUUCUUAAAUUCCUUGCUACCCAUUUCAACAAAUUUUCCUUUCUUAUGUGUUCUAUAAUCACACAUUUUAUGAAAUAGUCAUUUGUUUAAUUAAAAUAAAA